CAACCAAAACCAGCCACUUCUUAUCCCCUUCACAAUCCAUCCUAUUCAAAUGGUAGAUAUCCCAAUCUGCUACAAUUCCAAACUUAAAAACAAUGGGCAACCACAAUGCUAAACAUACAGAAACAGUAAGCCUCCCUCUCCCGCCCACGACGACCAUGGCCACCGAUCAAGCAGUUGAUCAUUCAGCAUGGGCGCAACUUCUCGGCUCAAACAACUGGGACGGCCUCUUGGACCCUCUAGACCUCAAUCUCCUAACCCUCAUCCUCCGGUGCGGCGACUUCUGCCAGGCCACCUACGACGCCUUCAACAACGACCAAAACUCCAAGUACUGCGGAUCCAGCCGCUACGGAAAGCACUCCUUCUUCGACAAGGUCAUGCUCCAAGACGCCGCCAACUACCAAGUCUCCUGCUUCCUUUACGCCACCGCACAAGUCAGCGUCCCCGAAGCCUUGCUUCUCCACUCUCUGUCUCGCGAGUCGUGGGACCGCGAGUCUAACUGGAUCGGCUACAUCGCCGUAACUUCCGACCAAGUCAGCCAAGCCAUUGGCCGACGUGAAAUUUACGUAGCAUGGCGCGGCACCACCACAAACUACGAAUGGGUUAACGUGUUAGGAGCUGAGCUCGAGUCCGCGGCGUCUCUGUUGCGGCCUGAUCCCACAUCGGCAAAAGAUCAAACCGAUGGUGGACGUAGUAGUACCAGCAGUAGUGACGACGACGACAAUGAGAAAGUGCCCAAAGUCAUGAGGGGUUGGCUUUCUAUGUACACUUCCGACGACCCCAAAUCGCCAUUCACGAAAUUAAGCGCCAGAGACCAAAUCCGGGCUAAAAUCAACGAUCUCCGGAAAAAAUACAAGAACGAAAACCUCAGCAUAUCGGUCACCGGCCAUAGCCUUGGAGCAAGUCUAGCAAUUUUAAGCGCCUUCGAUCUGGUGGAAAAUGGGGUUUCUGAUAUCCCAGUUGCUGCUUUCGUAUUCGGGAGUCCACAAGUCGGAAACAAAGCAUUCAAAGCAAGGAUCGAGAAGUACCCAAAUCUGAAGAUUCUGCACACAAGGAACACCAUCGACCUCAUACCUCUUUACCCGAGUCCACUACUGGGGUACGUGGACGUCGGGACGGAGCUGGUGAUAGAUUCGAGGAAGUCGCCGUUCUUGAAGGAGUCGAAAGAUGCGGGGGACUGGCACAAUUUGCAGGGGAUGCUGCAUGUGGUGGCGGGGUGGAACGGGGAGGAGGGGGAGUUUAAGCUGAGGGUGAAGAGGAGCGUGGCGUUGGUGAACAAGUCGAGUAAUUUUCUGAAGAAGGAGUGUUUUGUGCCGGCGAGCUGGUGGGUGGAGAAGAACAAAGGGAUGGUGCUUGAUGAGAGCAGUGGAGAGUGGGUGUUGGCUCCGCCGUCAGAUGAGGACUUACCAGUCCCCGAGUUCUGACUCGUUUAUUUUCUUCUUGCAUUUUACAUUUGUUUUUGUUUGUCUGAAUCUUGAUAUUAGUUUCUAAUAAAAAAUUGCUUGUGGAGA